GCGCUGAGCAAGAACAUCAUGGCCAACCUGCAGGAGAAGUUCCCCGAGCGGUGCUGGGGCUACCACGCCCCGCCCUCGAUGCAGCGGCGGCUCUUCGAGAAGCAGGACGGCUUCUGCGUGGUGCGCGACCCCUACGAGCGGCUCAUCUCGGAGCUGGAGCUGCACUACGCGCAGUCCCCGCCCAAGGGCAAGCAGCCCUGCGACCCCGAGAGCCUGAACCGGCGGAUUGUGCAGCUGCUGAUGGACUUCAAGGGCGCCCACAGCAGGACCAGCCCGAAGCCGUACAGCCGGAACUGCCACCUCCUGCCGCAGGCAGCUUACAUCUACGGCUGGGAUCAGAGCAAGAACAGGGUUGACAGGAGCCGCAAGUUCUGCACCCACGUCCUGAGGCACGAGAGGCUCACCGCCGACUUCAACGAGCUGAUGGAGGGCAGGGGCUACCCGUACAGGCUCGGCAGCGGCACGCCGCCGAGGCUCCGC